ACUAUUUUGCCAUUUGCCAGCUGUUGAAAGAAGAAAGAAAGAAAACCCUGGCCUUGGCUGCGCGUUCGUUGAAAGAAAAGUGUGAUAAUUAUCGCGCAAAAUGCAGCAUUUGCAAUGAGCAGUGCUCCCUGACUUGCGGGGAUGGAGGCGCUCGUGGGCGUGGCCAGGGACGUGGCCGUCGCCCUUUUGGCCCUGGUGCUGCCCCUCUCGCUCGUCCUUUUGCUCGUCCUGCUAGGCUGGUACUUGAUGUGGAAGUUGUUCCUGUCUCGGUUUCGGUUCAUCCGAGAACUGGUCGGUUCAAUGGGUGAAACGCCGAAGCACGUGCCGCAAGAAGUGGCCGCCGCCAAGCCUAACAAGAAAUCGAGAAGAGAUUGAUCAAGUCGCAGGCUGACACGUUUUACUGACUAUUUUGUGAUCUGGGCCGCUGGAAUAAUUUUAUAGCGUUGAUUUCUUUUUUUAAUCUUUUGCGCCCGUUCAAUGAGAUUUUGACGAAACGCCAACGUACUUUAUUAAUCGUACAUAAUCGAUGUUAUUCAAUUUCAAAGAGUGAAGAAGAAACUCCAAGCUCAAUAU